AUGCCUGGUGUUCCGUCAGGACGCGGCUGUGAGGGCUGCCGCAAACAGAAAAAGAAGACGAUGACUCCCCUCGUGGACCUCAAAUACAACCUCGCUUGGGCUUUUGGACCCUUUCUCGAGCAUGUGCCUCAGAGGCUCGGUAGAAGUUCAGCGUUGGACGCUGCCGCCAAAGCUGUCGUAGCAGCACAUUCCAGUCAUUGUAUCAGUCGUCGUCAAGUAUCGCCGAAUGCACUUGUUGACUAUUCACGGGCGCUUGCUCACCUGAGGCUUGCCGUCAACGAUAUCGUGACGGCACAGACUCCCGAGAUACUGUGUGCCAUCCAGUUGCUUCUUAUAUGCCAAGCAUUAAUAGGAUCAGAAAAUCGUUGGACUGGGCAUGCUGAGGGUGCAGCCCGGAUACUCAAAGCUAGAGGUUAUCGUGCUACGGAAGUGCAUGAUGAUUUUGAAGCUGGUGUAAUCGCAUCUCUGAGCGCCUCCAUGCUUUUUGAGGGCAUCUUCAAUCCCAACAUGAACUAUCCUGGAUGCAUAAUGAUGCGCUGUUUUUCCCUUAUUCCUGGUCAUCUCAUCCGUGGACGCAAGAUGAUCUUUGAAGAGCCAGGACUUGUCGCAGACGUUGAAUUGAAUCAUCAGAAACUCCAAGCCUUGACAUCUGCUUCUCGACAAUGUUUGGAGCAGACUAAAGCGUCGUCCGAUACACAGAGACCGGACUCGACAGCAUACGCCCAUGCUCUCUAUCAGCGUGCCCAUUCCAUCAAUGUAGCGGUGCUCGUCUUGCUGAAUCGCGUGCUCUAUGCUAUCGAUGUCACGUCAAGUCGAGAUCUGUCCCAAGAGGCGGAACAGCGGAGCAGCGAACUCCUCACCUUGACUCUGGAAGCAGAGCGAUAUGCACCGCUGGGUAAUUCGUAUGCCAGCCUUUGCCUGUGCGCAGCCUGGAUUGGAUCUUCAGAUCACGAUCAAAAAACGCUUGUCGAGAGUCUGCUCCUCGACUUUUACAAUCGGAAUCAGACAGCUAUGCUUGUAGAUGUGCUAAGAUUCAAGGUGCAAGAGCUGGAUGAUCUUAGAACAGCCCGCUCGGCAUUGUCCAGUGCAACAUCGUCUUGGCUAGAAUCACAAGACUUUCCUUGUUGA